AUGCAGUUAGAAGAAAGAAAUCAGAGUUCUGGAGUCACCUUCAUCCUCUUGGGCUUCUCAGAAUACGCAGACCUCCAGGUGCCCCUAUUCCUAGUGUUCAUAACCAUCUACAUGGUCACUGUGCUGGGGAACCUGGGCAUGAUUGUGAUCAUCAGGGUCAACCCCAAACUCCACACCCCCAUGUACUUUUUCCUUAGCCACUUGUCCUUUGUUGACUUCUGUUAUUCCACUACGGUGACACCCAAACUUCUGGAGAACUUGGUUGUGGAAGACAGGACCAUCUCCUUCACAGGCUGCAUAAUGCAGUUCUCCUUUGUCUGCAUAUUUGCUGUGGCAGAAACCUUCAUGUUGGCCGUAAUGGCCUAUGACCGAUAUGUGGCAGUUUGUAACCCUCUGCUCUACACAGUGGUCAUGUCCCCAAAGCUCUGUGCAUCCUUAGUGGCAGGACCCUACAUGUGGGGAAUAGUCUGUUUCCUUACACACACCUAUUUUCUCUUGACAUUAUCCUUCUGUGGCUCUAACAUCCUCAAGAAUUUCAUCUGCGAGCUCUCUGUCAUCAUCUCUGUCUCCUGCUCUGAUUCCUCCAUCAUCCAAGUAUUUUCUUUUGCCUUUGCCAUAUUUGAUGAGGUGAGCAGCCUGGGAAUCAUCCUUACUACUUAUGUCCUCAUCUUUGUCACUAUCCUGAGAAUGCCUUCUGCUGGUGGGCGCCAAAAAGCUUUCUCCACCUGUGCUUCCCACCUGACUACCAUUACCAUUUUCCAUGGGACUGUCCUGUUCCUUUAUUGUGUACCCAACUCUAAAAACUCAUGGCUCAUUGUCAAAGUGGGUUCUGUGUUUUAUGCAGUCAUCAUCCCCAUGCUGAAUCCCUUGAUUUACAGCCUGAGGAACAAAGAUGUGAAAGAGAGUGUCAGGAAGUUAAUGAAUCACCCAACACAAUUUAUUGAGCACUUUAAUCCCUAA